GGGCAGCUACAAGAACUAGAACGGUGGCACAAUUACACACAUUCAGCAUGUCAGCUAUUGCAGAACGAACUGGAUUAGAAAAAUGUACAUUUGAAAAAGAUACUCGAAAAGAACCGGCAAAAGAAAAAGAAAAGAAGGGAAAAUCUUCGACUAAGGGUAGUUCCGUACCAAUCCAAACAGCACCAACGUCGACGGAAUCUGAAUAUACAUCAAGUUUGCCGUUAUUAACAGAUAAUGGUCAACCUGUUUUUGUAAUUAUUGAAUUUGAAGUUCAUCACCCUCUACAGCCUGCACGAAGCUUGGUAGAUCUUACCAAUUGCAUUGAUAAAAUGCUGCACAGUUACACGCUGUCUCCGAAUCCGUACACGAGUGUUUUGGCUGAAGAACAUUAUUCGAAUUGUAUUAAAAAAUUAGUUGAUACACUUUGUGGCGCUUAUCAGGAAUUUCUCGCAGAUACGACGAUACCAAAUAACUUUAAGCAAAGUCCACAAAACGUAUCAUCACCCAUGAAAAUGUUUGGCCGGGACAAAAAAACUUCCGACAACAUGGAAAGACCGUUAUGUGACAAAGUAAUAAUGGAAUCAAUCAACAAACAGGGAGAUUGCAAAUACACCUAUAUCAAGGAUGAAAUCGCUUGUUUUGUACAAUAUCUUCAUGAAACGGGAUUAUACGUGAGUGUGCGUAGUACCUUGAAGAAUAAAAUAAUAAUGCUACUCGAUCAAAAAUUCAAAAUUGAAAUGCCUACACUCAGCAAAAACGAAUGUCAGAACUUUGUAGCUACAGCUUACAUAUACCUGGUUGAACAAAUGCAUUGUACGCUAAACAAAUUUGUAGAGGGUAGAUAUGCGACGGAUGCUACCAAUUCUAGCGCUAUUCCCUAUUUAAGUUUUGUAGCAGAAGAAUCGUUAGCACUUGGCUGCAUAAUUGAUGCACGAAAAACUUAUUCGAGUAUAAUAGAUAAUGACCGAAAAAAUCCGGAUACAUGGUUGGAGUAUGCAAUAUUUUUAAUACGUAUUGGAGAUUUAGAACGGGCUAUGGAAUGUUGCCGUGAAGCCAUCAUCUUGGACAGGCAGCAUAAGAUUGGAUUGCUAUUAUACGGGGUACUCCUCAGUCAUAAUGAAAAUUAUCCAGAUGCCGAAAUCUUUCUACAAAUCGUGACACAACUUUAUCCACAAUUCGCCGAGGGAUGGGCUAUCCUUCAUCUGUUUUACCUGCGCACCGAAUUCUCAGCCGGUGCCGAUGUUACGAUCCAAGUGGCUCAAAAGUGCCUACAAGACGAUGCUCCCGAUACGAUUACCACAGGGUUUUUAAAGCGUGAUCCACUACCCUGGACAAGGUUGACUACCCCGAAAGACAGAAUCUAUCUUGUCAGUGUGACAUUGCUUUUGAAACUGUCUUGCCUUGAUUUUGCAGGAAUAGCCCUCGCUCAAGAGUUAUCCGAGGUGGGUAGGACGAGACAUUUCCUAUAUUUGAUGGCUGUGCAACAUUAUAUGCAAAGUAGAUAUGCGGAUGCGAUAUGCCAUUUGAAAGAAGCAGUUGAUCUUGAUGGAAUGGAUUACUCUCUGGCAAGUUUAUUGGGUCAUUGUCACGAGGAAGAAGGUAACUUUGACGAAGCAAUAUAUUGUUACGAGUUUGCCAAUACUUUAUUCAAUCGUCCUGAGGAUUUACAUCUUGCUCAAUUAAGGUGAGCCUUCACAAAUACCAAGUUGUGCGCACGAUGUCUAGCUAGUCAAAAUUGAUUAAAUUGUAGAUUGGGAUAUUUGUAUCUUACUACUGAGCG